AUGCUUCUCUCUUCAGCCAGUCUCCCCUCCAUCAGCUCUCGUGACCAUUCCUCGUUGGUGGCCAUGACCAUCAUCGGACACCUCAUCAACUCUACCCACCUGCCCCUGCCAACGAGUGUGACCGAGGGUCUGGCGAAUGCGCUGCUCAAGCAGGAGAUCUGGGUCUGGUCCAAUCUGACCGUCUCUUCUCCAACUCCACGAGACGCCCACCCAGACUCUACUGUUUGUGCCGAUGUGCAAAGACGGCGACAUGCUCAAGCUGAACCUGCACGAGCAUACAAGCUCUACAGGCUCUUUGCCUGGCCCUCCUGA